AUGGGUCCGUGCCGUGCCGGCCCGGCACGGUUCAGCCCGAAGCACGAUGGGUUCGUGCCGUGCCGGCCCGGCACGGCCCAACUUUCAGCUCUACUGGUGGCUGCCCCCAUGCGCAAGUACGUCAUCCCCCGGCUGUUCCGGACGUGCAUCUGGCUGGCCUACAUCAGCAGCGACGCCCUGGCCAUCUACGCGCUGGCCACCCUCUUCAACCGCCACGCCAGGGCCACCGGCGAUAAGCAGCCGGCGAGCCCCCUGGAGGUGCUGUGGGCGCCCAUCCUCCUGAUCCACCUCGGCGGGCAGCGGGAGCUGACGGCCUACGAGAUCGAGGACAACGAGCUGUGGACGCGGCACACGGUGACCCUGGUGUCCCAGGUCACGGUGGCCGUGUACGCCUUCUACAAGGCGUGGCCCAGCACCAGCGACGACCGGAGGCUGCUGGCGUCGGCGAUCCUGCUCUUCAUCACCGGCUUCCUCAGCUUCUGCGAGAAGCCGUGGGCCCUCUACAGGGCCAGGAUCAACAGGCUCACCGCCGUGUCCGCCAUGCUCGACGAGGAGCCCGAUGAUGCUGGCAAACUCGGCUUCUGCUGCUUCACUACCGAUAAGUUGAAGAAGUGAUGGGCGGCGGCCGAUGGGCAUCAGCUGUCGGAGAGGGACAAGGUGCACAUGAUCCUCUCGGACCUGUCUCUGUACGCCGCCGCGGAUGAUCUGAAGCAACCCCUGAAUCCUCUGGAUCCCGGCGAGGACGUCCUGCGCUGGCUCCGCAAGGCGUUCCGGCUCAUCUACACGCGGGCCAACAUGACCACGCCCGCGUACGUGGCCUACCACCUGCUGCUGGUCCCGUCCCUGCACGCCGCCGCCAUCGCGCUCUUCGCCACCAUCCCCAG